GCGGUGCAGGCGGCCAGAUCAGUGGCCAGAGUGCAAGGACGGGGGGGACACCGAUUCACAGCCCACGAAGCGCUGCUGCGCAGGGCAGAGGACGGACCAAUCGCGUUGGUGCUACAGCUCCCCGCGUUUCAUCCUCCCGCUGCCCCUCUCAACAUCCAAGCUAUUCCCCCUACCCCGUACUAAAUGCCUCCCUUCUUCUCUUACACCACCCUCCCCUAUCAACUCACGGAGGGCCCUUAUCCUAUGCGAGAGUUCUCGAAGUAUUUGGUGGAGCUGACUGACGUGGAGCCGCUGCCCUUCGCAGACGACGACGCGUGGGAGUUGCACCGUGCGCUGUACAAGUCGGUGGCAUUGGGGAUGUUCCAAUUCUUCGUGGAUCACGAAGACCACUGCAUCAGGGAGCACUUCGUCGUCUAUUACGUCAUCACACGGGCCAAGCCAGCGCAGAAGGAGGGGACGGUGGCGCUGUACCCAUUCGCCCAGCUCCAGACGAUCGAUCCGGGAUUGUUGGAGUUCAUACAUCUUGAGCUCCUAUCCAUUGCGCAAGUUAUCCCGAGUGAGGAAAAGGAGAUCCAGCCACGAUUGCGGACGACGUGUGCCCCCCGGAGAACGUACAACGUGGUCGUCAUCCCGAAUUUCGGUGCGCAGCGCGAGGAGAGGUUGGAGGACUUCAUGAAGGAAAAGCCGUUGCGACCUCCCUCGUCGUAUCCCAGACCGGCGCCGCCAAAGGCCCCCAAGAAGAUGCCGAAGAGGAAGAGACGCCACCCGUUGCCAGGAGCGCAAGGCAGCAGAAUCAGUGGCGGCGAGGAGGUGGUUCAACCCGCGCGCACGCGAAAUCUUGAUCCAUUGCCUGGGAGUGCGGCGACACUCGUUAAGGAGACUUUCGUGCCAUCGCCACCCUUCCCGCGCGUGCCCGAUCUCAAUCUUGAUGGAGCCGGGCCAUCAGUCGCAGCAGCCGCGGGAGGAAGUCGAAUGGGAUUACCGGAUCCCACACGGAUUUAUGGAAUCAAUGUGGAUAGAUGUAAAGUCAUUACGAUUCAGUUUGUUGAACUGCAGUUCAGGUCUACUGCAUCAUUUGCCUCAGGAGCAUCCUCCUCUUCAUCACCUUUUGACUCCCUGUUCUCCUUCUCCUCCUUCCUUUCCUUAUCCUCCUCCUCCUCCUCCUCCUCCUCAUCAUCAUCAGCAGCAGCAGCAGCAACAGCAGCAUCGCCAUCAUCAGCAUCAGCAUCGUCGCCAUUGCUAGCAUGUCGGACAGUUGUAGGUGGUCAAGAGUGUGAACUUUUCUAUGCAGGCCUGGUCCAUCCUCGUCUCCAAGAACAGGACAGACAUGCCGAGAGUUUUGGUAGGGCCUUCCCUGGGUUGAUGUACCUGAAAGAAGGCCUUGGCACGGGUUACUACAACCAUAGAUGGGUACAUCGAGAUCGAAAGAAGAAAAAACAGGAGAGCAGAGGAGGUAUUACACAACUUGGCAAGAUGAACCAUACGUAUGUAAUGCAAUCUUCUGCUAGUGCUGCUGCUGGUGUUGCUGGUGCUGGUGCUGCUGAAGAGGGUGGGAAGGCAGACGAGGCGUUGCCACUUGUUCUGCUGCUGACUAUAAACCGCCCGUUCUGUGUUUCGAAAACCGGAAUUGAAGUCUUUCAGAGUACUUUGCGAAAUCGCUUGUCCUACGUUGCUCAGCAUCCAAAUAUGGAUAUGGUGUACACGCUGGCGCAGAGGGAAGCACACAUGGUUUUCAUCAAGUGGGAUCUCAUCUCCUUUCCUCAUCUGAAGCACUCUGAGCAAGAGAGCCUGGUACAUCCUGAUCUUCAAAUGCAGGACAGAUAUGCGGAGAGUUUGGGUAACGCCUUUCCUGGCUUGAUGUACCUGAAAGAAGACCCUGGCACAGGCUACUACAUCCAUCGAUGGGUUCAUCAAGAUCGAGAGCAGAAACAACAGGAGAGCAGAGGAGGUAUUUCACAACUGGGCAAGAUGAACCAUACCUAUGUGAUGCAGUCUCCUGCUGCUGCGGAGGGUGCAAAGGCAGACGAGCCGCUGCCCCUUGUUCUAAUGGUGACUGUAAACCAACCCUUCUGUACUUUGAGAAACGGGACUGAAGUCUUUCAGAGGACUCUACGAAAUCGGGGAACCUACAUUGCUCAUCAUCCAAAUAUGGAUAUGCUGUACACAAUGGGGCAAAUGGAAGCACAUAGGUAUUUCGCCAAGUGGGAUGUCGUCUCCCAGUCGAUGACGAGGUACCAGGAGUACGAGUGGUUCAUGUGGAUGGACGCAGAUGCAUUUAUUAUGCAGCUACAUUUCCCCCUUCCUUGGCCUCGCUAUCAAGCUGAUAAGGAUGUUGACCUUGUUUUGUGGGGCAGCGACAGGAUGGUGUAUCAGAAUGCUUCGUUUCGUGGAAUCAAUUCUGGUAUCUUUAUGCUCAGGGAGUCCGACUGGUCAAGAAAGCUGAUGAGAGGAUUGAUGGCAGCGCAGAGGAGGUGGAGAGAUUGGGACAUGCAGUUGAGGGAGGAGAUGGAUGAUGCCAUCUCGGACAUUAUAAUGUUUGCAGACCAGGAGGUAUUGUUGCAUCUGCUACGGACAAAUGAGAAACAAUGGCGGAGAAAAGUUCAGUUUGAGAACUCUUUCUACUUCAAUGCUUACUGGGCAAACGCGGUUCCCAGUUGGCAGAAGUGGGCGAACACCACUGGUGCAAAUCGGUCUUCCUCUGAUGAAGGACCAUCGUUCACCGUUCAUUUUGCCGGUUGCCAGUUCUGUCGUGGCUGGGAGCGCUACAAAUUAAGCGCUUGCUUGGAGGCCUUCAAAUCUGUUGAUAGGAUUCUGGCCCACAUGCAGUCGUCUGAGGCUACUGCAGCCAAUACGUAGUCUAAGAGCAGCAUAAUUCUAAUUUGGUACCUGCAUUUUGCAUAUAGGCGACUCUUUUACUGUCAUCCCUGAACAGACAGUCGGUUCAUCAUGCGUGUUUCACACUGUAACAUGGCCCUUCGUGCAAACGCAAGACUGUGGAUUUCGCAUCAGGGAACAUGGCAGAGCCUGUCUGGGCCCUGUUCGGGCCGGCCUCCAGCCAGCCCACCUUCUUUUGCUUUGUUUCCUGGAAAACCGGGACAGGGAAUCGGCUAGGAUUGCAGUAAGCGAGAAAGGAACUCUGAAGCUGUUGACAGAGUUAACCCCACUUCCUCCCGGCCAAAUGUAGGCACAACAUGUUCGAAGCUACAAGCCAAUGCUGCGGCAGGCUCGCAAGCGGACUGAUAGGAGUGGUGGAGACCAGUCCUGGUGGCCUGACUGACCGUGGCAGGUGAAGAUUGUUGGUUGGGGAGAAAGGCACUAAUGCAGUCAUGCGGGACAGCGGCAGACUGCCACAUUGAUUGAGUCUUUUUACUCCCUUCCAGCAGAUGUUGCUGCCCCUACCAGAGUGGAGGUACUGCUGUGUAUGGCGCCUAAUGUACGGAAGAUUGCCCAUUGUUUUUGGAACCAUGGGGGGGAGGGUGAUCUUUAAUCAAGUUUUGAAGUGUGUGACAGCAUUGGAGCUUGGUAAUAAAAAAAGGGGCAAGCACGUUGAUGUCACUUUUGAGU